CCAUCAAGCUUAGCCAAUAUGGCAAAACAAGAGGCUUUAAGUUCUAGCCAGCAUAGCCUACUCGUUAGGGCCUGUUCUGCCACUGCAGAACCGACUCCUGGGUAUGUCUACAAGGAUAUUAUUGACAUGGUUGUGAGGAACCCUAAUACGUUAUCUUAUGUUGAAAGUUUCUUGUUAAAGAGACUUGAAUCAAAUGAGCCUUAUGUUAAGUUCAAGUGCUUAAAGCUAUUGAAAAACCUAUGUGCAAGGUUACCUCAUGAAUUCGACAGAAACAGAGUUUGCCAAAGCCAGGCUGUUGCAGACGCACGCAACUACAAAGCGCCAUACAGUGAAUAUGAUGGUGACUACCUAUGUCACAUGGUAAGGAAUGAAGUGGAAGAUCUGCUUAAGGUGGUGUAUGCCCAGCAGGUUCCUGACCUAGGUUCGAACAAUUUACGUGGUUCCGACCAAAACACCAUGGUUGGUUUUGGCAAUAUGCCGUCAUCUCAAGGAAUUGGUAGUAUGGGUGGUGUAGCAUCGCCUAAUCAGAUGAAUUACUACGGGCAAGGGCAACCUGCCACAGGAUUUGGUAAUAUGCCCACAUCACAAACAGCAUCUAGCACCUCAGGAAUUACUUCAUGGUUCACCGGGAGAUCAUCGGCAGCACCGGCUCAGGGCAAUUAUAACACUGGGAACAUGUAUGGUUUCGGGAAUACCCAGCCAAGGAGCCAGUCGAAGCAGUCUGUAGGUGGCAGUGCUCUUAAAUUAAUAUCAGACGUGGCGACCAAGUACCUUCCCGAUUCAGUCGUUAGUAAAAUCGAACGUGUUGGGUCAUCAUUCGUAUCUACGGCGUCUGAUAAAUUCGGAAAACACGUUUCCCCCGUUGUUGAUAUGAGGAAGAAACCCGAACGUUUCGGUUAUUCCGACAACUUUCCAACUGCAAACCGCCAAUCACCGCGUAUGGACCCAGGAUCACAAUCUAUUCCCGCUGAAAGGACACUACUGCCGUCACUCAUACAGUCACCUGAUAAUAGAAUCAACUCAUCAGAAGACCUAUCUGGUGAAUCUGAGGCCAGACUCGUAAAGGAUAUGUUAACAUUUAGCGGUAUCAAAGUGACACCGUCACAGCAGAUCAUAGAUGAUUUCCUUACAAGAUUAAAGGAUAUGAACAUGCGUUACGUGGUAUAUGAACUUAUAACAUGCCUGAAUAAUAGGUCAAACACAUGGCAAACGCAGUUAAGAGUGCUUUGUUUCUUCGAAGUGCUGAUGACAAGUGCUAACAUGACAGAAGAUGUAAGAAGCUACGCCAACGCUGAAUUGGAGCCCAUACUAAUCAAGUGUCGAGAGGAAAGUAGACUCAAAAAUAAAGCUGAUAGGCUAAUGCAACUAAUAGGAGAGCCACAACGCACACAUCGGAGUGAAGGAGAACUUAUAAGCACACUAGGGUCGAACGAACAAUACGAAAAGCAAAACUCUAAACAAAGCCAAUUGGACAUGGAUCUGUUUGCCUCUACAGCACCUGCUAAGAACGAAGAAAAGCGUCACGAACCUUUGAGAAACAUCCCUAGUGAUUUUACCAACUCAAACUUCGAUCUGAUGGACAGCUUCUCUCCUGUGAGUAGCAUUCGCACACCUCAGCAAAGUAUGAUUAACCCCGCAGCAAAAUCGAAACCAGCUGACGAUAUCUUCGACUUUGAUCAAUUGACCAUCAAUCCAGCUAAAAGCAACACAACAAUCACUGAACAGGAUAUAUACGCGGCUCUUGAUAAGGUUACCUUCCAACCCCAGGCACACAGUUGAUGUAAU